GAGAUCAAACUCGCCGGUGUAGUACGGCGUAGCAGGUGCCUAAACGCACGGUGAAAUUACUGCUUUUAAGACAGUGUAUGGUGUCUUAUGGAAUACUCAGCGAAGCCGGCCCUGACAAAUGGAUAUACCCGUGUGAGACGCCGUUUAGGAAGGUCACUGAAGGGUGCCAAGCUAAAGUUUGGGCUAAUUGCGUUAGCGGUGUCAGGAGCCGCGGGUGCAAGGGCAGCCAUGUUACACGUGCCCCGCAGUCGACGACGCAGCAGCACCGCCAGUUACGUCGACUCCUCUGGCCAUGGCAGCUCACGCACGCCCUCUAUCGCUCUGUCCGAGAGUCUGGAGUACAAUAAUCGAAAUGGUCGGCCGCCAGACCUGGAAGGAGAUGACAGCGAGAGGAUAUCUGAUAUCUAUAUGGAUAGGAGAUAUGGGGCAGAGGUCAACGCCAAGGACACAUUGAUUGCUGUGGAACAGUGGAAAAGAAACCAAACGGAAGGAGAAAAGUUGACCAAAGCACAAAAAAGACGAAGGGAGUAUGAGAUGGCCGCCCUUUCCUCGGCACCUACCUCACCAUUCUCCGAUGCCUUGGACAUACCUGGCUUUGGCGGUGAUGGAACCUCACCAGCACACGCCGGAGGUGGUAAAGGAGGGGGAUCCAAGAAGCUCAAAGGACCUGUCGGCUUCUUUCUAUCUGUCUUGCGAAGCAAUAGAUCCUUGUUCAUCUUCAGUGAGCAAAACUUCAUCAGAAGAUGUGCCAAGUGGUUGACAGAAUGGCCUCCGUUUGAGUAUCUAGUCCUAGCUACCAUCAUAGCAAACUGCGUGGUCUUAGCGCUAGAGGUCCAUCUACCAAUGCAAGACAAAACACCCAUGUCCCAAGAACUGGAAAAUACGGAGAUCUACUUCUUGGCCAUCUUCUGCCUCGAGGCGUGCAUCAAAAUCACCGCCCUUGGUUUAGUAUUACACGAAGGGUCGUAUCUUCGCAAUGGAUGGAACUUGAUGGAUUUUGUAGUUGUAGUUACCGGAUUUGUAACCUUCAUAGGGGGGUUAGUGGAAGGGGAAGGGGAUGCAUCCAGUGCGCCAGACCUUCGAACUCUGCGAGCUAUACGAGUGCUUCGUCCCCUGAAAUUAGUAUCAGGCAUCCCAAGUUUGCAAGUUGUCCUCAAAGCCAUCCUCAAAGCCAUGGCUCCCCUUCUCCAAAUUGGUCUGCUUAUUUUGUUUGUCAUUAUCAUCUUUGCCAUCACGGGCAUGGAGUUUUUCCAGGGUAAAUUCCACUACACCUGCUUCGAAGCUGACGCUUAUGGUGCAAGCACUGGAAAGAUAUCUGAGACAGAAGGCGAGGACCCCCAAGUAUGUGGAAAAGGCAAUGAAACAUCUGGUCGCGAGUGUCCAGAGGGUACUGUGUGCUCUGAAUAUUGGGAAGGUCCUAACUUUGGAAUCACCAACUUUGACAACAUGCUGUUUGCAAUGUUGACCGUGUUCCAAUGUAUAACCAUGGAAGGUUGGACUGACAUCAUGUACAACUGUAACGAUUCAGAAGGACCUUAUUUUGUCUGGUUGUACUUCAUUCCCCUCAUCAUCCUUGGCUCAUUCUUCAUGUUGAACCUCAUCCUUGGUGUCUUGAGUGGAGAGUUUGCGAAAGAGAGAGAGCGAGUAGAAAACAGACGAGAAUUCCUAAAAAUGCGACGACAGCAACAACUUGACAAGGAACUGAAUGGCUACUUAGAGUGGAUAUGCAAAGCUGAAGAGGUCAUGCUAAAUGACAACACAACGUCUGAGGAGGAAAGGGCUACAAUAGAAGCUCGUCGUCGUGCCGCUGCUAUGUUGCAACGGGAACUGAGUCUUGGCAAUGGAAGAGCAAUCAGCGGUACAAUUGAGGAUAAUUUUGAUCUAGAAACGCUAGAUAAAGCCAAACUAACCGGUUCCCCCAAAUCUAACAAAUCAGAGAAGAAGCAGAAGCAGAAGCGAUGUCUCUGGCUACGUCGCCGAGAGAAAAGGUUAAGGUUCCAAGUGCGUCACAUGGUCAAAACGCAGGCGUUUUAUUGGCUAGUCAUCGUGCUGGUGUUCCUCAACACAGUCUGUGUUGCUAUCGAGCAUUACCAACAACCAGAGUGGCUGACACAGUUCCUUAACCAUGCGGAGUAUGUCUUCUUAGGUAUCUUCAUCACAGAGAUGGCCAUUAAGAUGUAUGGUCUUAGCCCGGCUGUGUACUUCAAGUCAGCCUUCAACAAGUUUGACUGCAUGGUUAUCCUAGCUAGCUUGUUUGAAGUCAUCUACACCAAGUUUCAGGGUGGUUCAUUCGGUCUCAGUGUCCUGCGAGCCCUUCGCCUUCUUAGAAUAUUCAAAGUAACAAGAUACUGGUCUCCAAUGCGCUAUCUGAUCAUCUCCUUGGUGCAUAGUAUUCGAUCCAUAGUCAGUCUGGUGUUCUUGCUGUUCUUAUUCAUCAUCAUAUUUGCCUUGCUCGGCAUGCAACUCUUUGGCGGCUCAUAUUGGUCCUCAUUAAGAAACCUGGUCGUAUCCCUCCUUAGUAGUAUGCGCUCCAUUGUCAGUCUGCUCUUCCUUCUCUUCUUGUUCAUCCUCAUCUUCGCUCUCCUCGGAAUGCAGCUAUUCGGUGGAAGCUUUAAUUAUGACUCAGAAAGCCCCAAACCUGCCAACAACUUUGAUAUCUUCCCAAUUGCACUCAUGACAGUGUUUCAGAUCCUGACUGGGGAGGAUUGGAACAUGGUGAUGUACUAUGGAGUAGUCUCAAAGGGAGGCGUGCCUGAAGGCAUGGUCUACAGUCUGUACUUUGUCAUUCUGGUGCUAUUUGGCAACUACACCUUACUGAAUGUCUUCCUUGCUAUCGCUGUGGAUAACUUGGCCAACGCCCAGGAGAUGACAAAGCUUGAUCAAGAGGAUGAAGAAGAAGCUCAGGCAGCAAGAGAAAAUCUGACAAAGUUAUCCUUGGCUGUUUCAAAAACUUGUUUUUUUGGUUUGUGCUUUUGUUUGCUUUUCCUCUUUGUUUCACUUGUCAGAGAGGGGAGUACAACCGUUCACAUGAAUGACGUCAAAAGAAUGAAUGGAGAUCACAAUGUUGAGAAUGGUGAUCCAGAGAUCAAAGUGACUGUGGUGGACCCUCCUCAAUCCCGGUUCCGCCGCUGGUAUACCUAUCUGAAUGUGCAUGGUAUUCCUUGGCCAUGUCCUUCCUGGGGUCCGGUAGACUGUCCGGGUAUGGAUGCCAUCUGUAACUCCACUUGCUGGUCUGCUUGUCCCUGCUCCAGACCUCGCUGCAGUGGUCGAAAGACCGACAAAGAUGAAGAAGCGGAAGAUACUCAAGAAGAUGAUGGGUUUGGUCCCAAGGAGAUGGUUCCUUUUAGUUCCCUCUUCAUCUUCAGCACCACCAACCCUGUACGACGGUUCUGCCAUUACAUUGUCAACCUUCGCUACUUUGACUUCCUGAUCAUGGUAGCCAUUGGUUUGAGUAGCUUGACACUAGCCAUGGAAGAUCCUGUGAAUACCGGCAGUCAAUACAACCAGGUUCUGGAAUAUUUUGACUAUGCGUUCACCACCAUCUUCACCAUUGAGAUGAUACUCAAGAUCAUUGAUAUGGGUUUGCUGUUCCAUAAAGGAUCCUACUGUCGAGAUUUCUGGAACAUCCUCGAUUCCACGGUUGUGAUUUGUGCUUUGGUUGCCUUUGGUGUCACCCAAUCGCAAGGGGAUAGUGGGAGCUCAGGUGCCAGUAAGAACCUAAACACCAUCAAGGCCCUCAGGGUGUUUCGAGUGCUUCGACCCCUCAAAACUAUCAAGAGGGUACCCAAGCUCAAGGCUGUGUUUGACUGUGUAGUGAACUCUGUCAAGAAUGUUACCAACAUUGCUGUCGUCUACGGUCUCUUCAUGUUCAUCUUCUCUGUCAUCGGAGUCCAACUCUACAAGGGUCGAUUCUAUCACUGCACAGAUCCCUCUAAGCACACACGGGAUGAGUGCAUGGGUAACUACUUUCUCUACACCGGAGACCAGAUAACGAAAAUUGAGAAGAGAGAGUGGCAGUUGUACCCUUUCAACUAUGACAAUGUUGGUUCAGCUCUACUUACACUCUUCACGGUUUCCACCGGCGAAGGAUGGCCUGAUGUCUUGAAACACUCUAUCGAUGCCACGGAAGAAGGUCGAGGCCCAGAGCCAUAUAACAACCUCCAGAUGGCACUCUUCUAUGUCGUCUACUUCAUCAUCUUCCCCUUCUUCUUCCUGAACAUCUUCGUGGCGUUGAUCAUCAUCACCUUUCAAGAGCAAGGAGACCAGGAUGUCCAAGAUGGAGAGAUUGACAAGAAUCAAAAACAAUGCAUGGAGUUUUGUAUUCAUGCCAAGCCCACGGACGGCUUUGUGCCAAAAGACAAGAACUCUGUCAAGUACAAAAUCUGGAAGUUGGUGGUGUCGCAGCCAUUUGAAUAUUUCAUUAUGUCCCUCAUCGCUUUGAACACCAUUGCCCUGAUGAUGAAGACAUACAAGGCAGAACAAACCUACUUGGACACGUUGAAGUACUUGAAUAUAGCCUUCACUGUCCUGUUCACAAUUGAGGCUAUUCUGAAGUUGAUUGGCUUUGGGCCAAGGAAUUAUUUCCGGGUUUCCUGGAACACAUUUGACUUUAUCACGGUCAUCGGGAGCAUCGCAGAUGCUAUCAUCUCAGAAGUUGGCGUUGACGAUUUCAUCAAUCUCAGUGUUUUGAGGCUCUUCCGAGCAGCUCGGUUGAUCAAACUUCUACGCCAGGGUUCCUCCAUUCGAAUCCUGCUCUGGACGUUCGUUCAGUCUUUCAAGCUGGUGUCCUUUGUUUUUUUUCUCACCUUCAUGCUGUUCUUCAUCUAUGCAAUCAUAGGCAUGCAGAUUUUUGGAACCGUCAACAUAGAUGAUGAAACUGCUAUAACGAGACACAACAACUUUUCAAAUUUCUUCCUCGCAAUUAUUAUGUUGUUCAGAUGUGCUACGGGUGAAAGUUGGCAGAGUAUCAUGCUAGCAUGCCAAGCAGGAAGUGAAUGUCACCCUAAUAGUAUUCGACCAAAUGCCACUGAUGAAGAGAAGUAUGGAUGUGGAUCGUCGCUCUCCGUUGCCUACUUUGUUUCCUUUAUAUUCUUCUCUUCCUUCCUUAUGCUGAACCUGUUUGUAGCAGUCAUCAUGGACAACUUUGAUUACUUGACUCGAGAUGCUUCCAUCUUGGGUGCACAUCAUCUGGAUGAGUAUGUGCGUGUCUGGGGAGAGUUGGAACCAGUAGGAACCGGUCGUCUGCAUUACAAGGAAAUGUAUGAGAUGCUUCGGACAAUGGAACCACCUGUUGGAUUUGGCCGUAAUUGCCCCUACAGAAUUGCCUACAAGCGUCUGAUACGGAUGAACAUGCCUGUGGAUGAGGACAAAACAGUGCAUUUUACCACCACUCUCAUGGCCCUAAUACGCACAGCUCUAGACAUCAAAAUUGGAAAAGUUGCUGACAGAGAUCGACAUGACAGGGAGCUACGGGAGGCUAUUGGGAAUUUCUGGCCACAUCUGAAUGCCGAUAAGCUGAAUUUGCUGGUGCCUCCAGAUUCUGAGCUAAUCGGAGAGAAACUGACUGUUGGUAAGAUUUACGCCGCUCUUCUUAUCUACGAGACUUGGAGAGAAUACAAGGCCAAGCUACAGAGAGAUGGUCAUGCAAGAACGUUUAUCCAGGCUGCUCAGAAGCGCCCAUCCCUCUUCCGACAACUUGUUGGAGCUGUCAGGCGAGGGAGCGCAGAGAAGAUCUUCAAGGAAGUCGAGGAAGAGAAUGAGUCCACUCCACUGGCUCCUAAUGAGCCUAAGCCCGAGAUCAAGGCCAUUGAUCCACCCCCUGCCAAAUCCAGAGAGAGAGACAGGGAGAGAGACAGGGACCGAGAUCGAGACAGAGAACGGGAGAGAGAUCAUGGCAGGCCCAGGAUGGCAGCAACCACGCUACCGAGGAUCGAUAGCUCUGGAUCCGAGGGUCUUACCCAAGACCAGCAAAGUAGGAGAUCAUCACCACAAGUACACGACAAGUCCCCUGACAGACAUCGUGGGAGAUCCCGUGAUAGACAGUAUGACAGAUCUCAGGAUAGACCCCAGGACAGACCCCAGGACAGACCCAGUGAUGGGCCACGAGAAUCUCGAAGAAGGCCCAGGGAUACGCUAGACAGCGCUAGGGGCAUUGAAAUGGCUGAUAUAAGAUACCAUGAUGCACCAGAUAUACAAAGGUCUGCCUCGGGGUCCAUUGAUAGGAAGUCAAUGGACAGAAAUUCAUCAGCCAGUUCCUCCCACCAUCCAAUACCUAGUCUCCAGCCUCCACCUCAGUCCUCUAGAAGUAAACCUAACCAUCAUGAGCGUGGAAGGUCUCGACAAAGAGAUUCUCUAGCCCCUCAAGAUCCGUAUUAUAGAGAGAGACAAUCCAGUAGGGAUAGAUCAAGCUUAGAUGACCCUCAUCAGUCCUAUGACCCUCCACGAACCAACAUAAGUAGGAGUAGCUCUAGGCAUAACUUAGACAGGAAAAUUGGUCAUUCCUCAUCCUCUGUCGACUUCCAAUCACAGAAAACCUUGGCCCAGCCGCCGCGGCUUUCAGAUGCCUACAGCUAUGACAACUUACGAGAGUUAGAUUCUCAAGAUGGUAGACACAGACAAAGUUUUCGGGACGUGAGAAUUGACCCAGGUUUGGAAAGUCGAGAAUCCUUCAACAGAUCACAUUCAAGACGUCCCAGCUCACUAUCCCAAUCAGACGUUAGGUUUGAAGAUACCGGUACAAACAAUGCUCAGUCACCACUUAACAAAAAAAAUGCACUAAGAAAUUCUUCCAAGCAUCUUGAAGCCAAUGCAAAUCUUAGGAGGAGGGGGUCUUAUAAUUCUCAAGAACCAGAGAAGAUCAGUCAGAAAAGAAAAGAAGCAGACAUUAGACUAGACAAACCAAGUUCUCAUCCUAGACCACAUAGAGACAGGCAUUGGAGGUCUGAUGAUCGAUACCAAGACAAUGAUUACACUGAUUCCCCGUCCCUCCCCCACAGACCUUCCCCAGUCGACUCAGCUGGGAUACCAGUCUCCCAAAGCCUCACUUCAUUCGAUAGGAGCAAAUCCGGCAAACGAUACACCUCCCCGAGUAUGCCAGAGUUUGCAACUUCCAAACCAAAUAAGAACCAAAUCUCUACCAGCACACCCACUGACAAUCAAGAAAUCAACCGCAAUUCUAAGUAUCUAGAGGAUGAGCGACACACGAGGGGGAGGAGCAGUAGACGAUCAAGCAAAGAGGGGGUUUAUGUUGAUGAAAACCGCAAUGUCACAAUGAUUGGAGAGACUCAUGGGCAAGGAAAACAGAUAGAAAAGAAAGAUGGUACUCGCGGUCAUCAACGAGGCUCAGUAGAUAGGGAGACAACUCGUAGGCCAAGGCGGGAAACCGAUAACACAGAAGCGGAUAUUCAUUACCACGCCUCUGGCAAACACAGACGGAAACACAGCCGGGAGGAAAUCAGGCCGGAUGGUGAUGAUCGGUAUGAGGGAGACACGGUACCAGACCAACGGAAGCACACCUCUAGGGGAGCCCGACCUAGACCAGAUGAGGGUGCAAACAGAAGAGAAAGGCUAGACUCCGAGGAAAGUGUGUCCUCUUCCCAACCCCUGCUUGGGUCAGGGCGAUCCCCAUCACCAAUACGACGUAGGAUACCAAAGGUAGACUUACCGGACCCCUCUGCACAUCCGUAUUUACCCCCUUCCCCAACUUACCGAACCAAUCGUGAGGACCAAUCACCCCGGGGAAUGAGUAAUGGUAAACGCCAACCCCAUCGAUAUGAUCAGCGAGGGCCAGAAGACUCCCCCAGUCAGGAAGGUAAGACUAAAUCUCGUCGACCUUCGCCGUCUCAACGGGAUAUCUCUGGCCCCGUCUCCACACCCAGCAAGCGUGCACAGAGUGCCGAGCAUUUACCAGAGACCGAGUACAGUCCAGGGAUGGUGCGUCGUACCCCCGGGCGCAGGUUACCCCCGGUACCUGGCGAGGCUAGAUCCUCAUCCUCUCUGUCAGGUACACCGAGGCCCAGACCUCGUUCAGCGGGUACCUCACGCUCAAAAGACUCAAGUCCAGUCAGGCAACCUCCCUCACACCCAAGAAAUAAAGAGCCCCGUCAUCCAGAGACCCGAUCCACACCCCCACCAUUUCCGAUUGAUGACCGGCCACCACAGUACGAAGCAGUGAUGCGUACUCAGGAGCAGGCAGAAUCAUCAGGAGUUGAUCCCCGUCUACCUAACGGAUACCGACCAGGGUCUGUCUCAAAGGGGCGUGGUCAUGGCACCCAAGCUCACAGUCCCCGUAGGGCCCCUCAAGGUAUGUCAAGAGGGCACGGAAGGAGGCAUGGACGGGAAGGAAAUGGUGGAACACUAGCAGGGUACUCAGACACUGAGGAGGAUGAAUGGGCUUAACAAGCUAAGCUUAUGACCUUUCAGACCCACAGAUCUUUUUGUUGUUCUUUCCUCAAUACCAAUGCAACCUAGCUUCAUUUUCCUUCAGUCCUUUGAACCUUUAUUCAGACACAUUAUUCCAGUAGAGACAGUUCGAUGUUCGGAGUUGGCAGGCCAAACCAGUUCGUUAUGAUGGCUACGUACAGUUACUGUUUCACUAAACAUGAGUAGAAAAGAUUUUGGAUAUUGAAAUGCCGUCAAGACUGGGCAUCCAGCAUGCCAAGACAGCACAGUUGAUAAGGAUUUCAUCAAGACAGUGAGGAUUCUAUUGCCGUUGAUUAAAAGCAUGUUCCCAGUUUCACUUGUUAAACUGUGCAGAGGGGUAUCUCAUUCACAAACCAUUUUUGUAUAAUAGCUUCGGCAUUGUUAACGUACAUUUUAAAUAAAGCCACUUAUUAAACUUUCUAUACUCAAAUGCAGACAAUUAAUAUUGAGCAAAACCAUAGCUAAGUAUUUUGACACUACCUUUGUGCUAAUUAAAAUAAUUCUGAUUGGAGGAUAAAUGCCCAUAUGUCACUUUAAUGUCAUAUGUCAGCCCAUAUGUUGGAUGUGACAAAAACGAGUGAGUGGGUUCCUUGAUAACUUUGUUCAACAGUCGGGUUUUGUGCCAUGUCAUUUCCAGCUGACUCAAGGAAGUUACUGGUGCCCGUAAUCAAGGCAGACUAACUGCCAAAAGUCAAUGUCGAAUCCUUCACAAGUUGUUUGUCAAUUGACAUCUUGUCAGGGUUGUCAAAAAUUAGCAUGAAAAAAAAAAUGACCAGAAUGUUAAUUGGACAUUAAACAUCAAGGUGUGGGCACAUGUCAUGUAUUCUUUCUUUCUUACUGUAACCCCUAAAAAGGAAUGAAAUGUGUUCUGCUUUCUGGCAGUGGCAUAACUAGGCCUCCAUGCCGGAGGGGGGGGCACCCGGGUGCAUACAGUUUUUCAAGGAGUACCAGAAGAAACCAAACUGCAGCUACAUAAACAUAACGGAGAUUAUUCACAGAUUUCAAAUAAGGGGGGUGGCACAGGCAUCCACAUGGGGGCACUCCCUCCCCCAGUUACGCCACUACUUUGUGGUUGUAAUUCCUUCUUACACUGUCAGACAUCAGCAGUGUUUGUCUUCAUUGUUUUUCGUUUGUAUAAAACUGCUGCAGCAGCAUAGCUUCGACCAAGUAAAACUGUACACUGUGUCUGCUAAAUGUCCAUUGCUAUUUACUGUAAAAUUGUCAGCUUUGAUGGACAAAGUCUCAAAAUUUGUAAAAAAUUGUCAUUCUUUGAUGUGAUUACCAAGUUAAAUAUUCCAUUUUCUGCAACCUAGAUCAACUUAAAUAUGGGGAAUUUCUUUUCUCGCUUAAAAACACACAUAAAAUUGUCUUUUUCCUUUUUGUAACCUGGGUAACCCUAAGAGUAAACAAAUUUUUUUAGACACAAUAUCCCAAGAUAUAUCUUUCACAUAGUUUUUAAAAAAUCAUACGAUUUCAUUUCUCUUUGCCUGAUAUCUGUUCCAAAUAUUGAUGAGUUACUGUACAAAAAACUUUUGCAAUGCAUUGAACUAAAUCACCAGAUAUCUUGUACAGCACUUAACAUUUUUUUACUCACAGAAAAAAAUAUGGGUUGUGGAUGAAAUAGUCAUGCAUACCUUAAAGAUUCUGAAUCAUUAAACAUGCAUCAUACUUCAGUUAGCCUUGCCUUAAAAUUUUCAAAAUUUAACUGAAAAUGCAAAAACUGUUUUGUUGUUUGACGGACAGUGUGCAUUGCUUCAAACUUAAAAUUUAAGAACAGGUAAUAAAGCUUACACCUAUAUGAAACAUGCAGACAAACAAAAACCCAAAUGUUAACCAAAUCAGUUGUGUUUGCUUUUUGUUGAAUGGGCCAACGUGUUAUACAUUCUUUCUUACUUUGAGAUAAACAUGUACCACAUGCUUUCUUUUAUGUAAAUAUUUAAUGCCAGAACAAUUUAUAAACGAGUUGAUCUAGGCAACAAAACGUUGCUUCUUUUGUUAUCAGUUUGGUAAAAUACUUAUACAUGUACAAAUUAACAUGUGAAUUAAGAUUAUACAUAAAUAUAUACAAACAAUACAUGGUAAAAUUUCUUAAAAAUGCAUUUUUUUAUUCAGCCUAUUGAUCUUGGGGUACAAAGCCCAUACCUGUAUUGAUGUUAGUAUGUGUAUUUCUUGCUGUUUACUCCCAAAAACAUUGAUCGCGACCUUUUCAUAGCUCUCCAAAUUUGACUGUUCUAUCAUUUGAUCAUUUAGAUGAUACUUCAGACAGCUAAAGACUUUGUAGAAUGUUAGACAACUGUUUAUACAGUUUUGAAUAAUGUAUCUGCGAAAAAUUGUAGUCCUGAGAAAGUAGAUCAGGAAGCUUAGAGUAUAAGCCUGUGAUAUUGUAGAGCAGUAUAUUUACACACCCUCAUCCAUUUGCCAAUUUCUAGGCAGAUAGGUCUUUCAUAUUCUGCAUCAGUUCCAACAAUGGUGUUCAGUAAAAUUCAUUCAUCUAUAAAGGAUGGUUCCCAACAUGUUCUGGGAAUGCAGUCCUUUGGUCAAUUUGAAAUUACACUUAUAUCUUCCUCAUUUCCUGCCCAGAAUCUGAAGAGAAAGACAUGUGAACAGUGUCAUUAUAUUUGUGUGCAUAAUAUAUAGAUUGGCAGAUUUCGUGUUGAAUGUGAACUCUCUCUUCUAACCUGACUCCCUACACCCCCCCAGUCAAGCUCAAUCUUGACUGAUCCUUCAUUCAAAUCUGGUUUGGGAGCUUUUCAAAACCUGAAGGUUCAAGUUUGGACCUUACAUUUUCGAUUGUAUUCAGCACCAUUAGCUCAGCGGUUGCAUUGACACUACAGGUUCUAAUUAAUGACUGUCUGGAUUUUUUUUUAUCAUGAUCUGAAACCAUGUGAGUAUGUUCACUUGUAAACAUUUUCCAGUUGCUCAGCAUUUUAUCAUACAGGUCUGACUGAGCUGUCAAAAACUCUCAAAGUUUAGUCAUAUUGCUGGAAUCUGGCAUACAAUCCCCACAAUAUAUUUAAAUUUCAUGGGAUUCUUGGAACAAAACAUUUAUUGUCAAGAGUUGUCUCAAUAGUGCAUAAUUUCAUGGUAUUUGUGGGAGAAGAGUUCCUUAGUCCUAAUUUUGUAGUGCAUUUUUUCAAAUGCAAUUAAUUAAUCUUUUAGCACACCAACAUUACAUUUAAUCCUUUUUGUUUGAAAAAGUUUGCCCAGUAAUUGUGCAUUAACCAUUUGGAAAAGGUUCUUACAUUGUGUGAGUUGUACAAGUUGACCUUUUUGAAAGACCUUUUAAUUGAGAGGCCUUUCUUAUCUUGAAGGAGUAAAAUGGUUUUUGGAAUUAAUUAAUUAACCAACAACUGUUCUUGUGGACUUUUUAUUGGCCAAGUAAAUCAGUGAGCAUUUUAUCAAUACAUCGGUUGGUUCAUCAACCUGUUAAACAAAAAGUCAUCGGUCAAAUAUUCAGUCAUCAAAAGUAUCUGAUACUCUGAUCCAAUCCAACUCACACACUUUAUCUUUUCAGUUCACAUCAAAGAGUUGGUUUUAGUCUUGUUCCCAUUGUUACUACUCUCACAGAUGUUAGUUGUUGAUUUCACAUUCCAUGUAAUGUGUUGCUUAAUUCCCUUGGUUGGGAUGUAUGGAUAGUGUAUGUGAGAUGUAACAGUUGGACAAUAACUGAAACAAAGGGAUCUUUAAAUGUGUUUAAGAAAAACUGAGAGUGGUUGGGAGUUGUUUUACUGUGCAGUUCUUAGUCUCUAGAAGCUUAAACAUUGCUUUUCUUUUUGUACUUAAAUACUGUUGUCUUAAAAUAACUAUGCAAACUGCUUUAAACAUUUCUAUUUUGAUUAUUAAAGUGCUCUAAAGAAGUUCUGUUUAACUUGUUUGUCUUUUGCCACAAUUUGGCUGGGUGACUAGGCGGAAUGUUUAGUUUGUUUGUGUUCAAGCCAAGUGGAUUGUCAGGCUAAAUUGUUGGGUUUUUGCUGUAUCCUGAUGGUUUGUUUUUCAAACUGCAAAUUUCAAUUUACUUCAAGCUAGAAAUUUAUUGCCAAGCCUGUUAGGAAUACAAGUAUCUUUCGAUACAGAAAUGAUAAAUAUUCAAUGUUUAGGUUUGUUGGAGAAGCUGUGCUUUCUCUGUUGGAUUCAUGCCUAACAAAAGUAAUCACCUGAAGCAGAAGACAAGUAUUGUCCUUAUUGAGUUUUCUACUGCUUUUUUUUUGUAUUAACAUUAUGAAUGGGUUCCAGAUGUUUUCAUAAUGGAAGGCUGUGUGAUUUUACCAUGUUUUUAUUUUAGAUUUGAAAAAAAAUGCUUUUAUGUCAGUUUUGCUGCAAGUUUAGAGGUUAUGGGGCUGCCCCCAUGUAGUUAUGAUUAUUCCGUAUGUGCCAUUUUGUGUGUGCAAAGAAACAUUGCUAAUUUUGAUAAGUUCGUUCUUUUUAAAACUUGUCUGGUUCAAUUUCUAUCAGAUGUAAAGUACACAGAUGUAAAGGUAAGCAGGAUUGUAUUAUCUAGGACACAAUUGUUGAAAUGCCUACAUAAAAGGCAAUCUCUUUUGCCGAGCAACAUACAUGCAUGCCAACCAUUCUGAUGCAUUACGUACACCGGCUAUUAAAAACUAUGCUUGCAAAAAAAUGUAUAACUACUCAAAUGUGUUAAAGCUGUGAAAAAUAAACUCCAGCACAGUGUUCUUGCAACAAAUGACUACAUCUGUGUUAACCAGAUAUUAGCUUCUAAAGAGAAGAGACAGUAUAUCUAUUUAAUGACUGGUUUCUAUGGUAACUUGGCCUAAAACACUGAGCGAUAUAUAGGUUAAUAUUGCCAAUUCCUGUAUAUAUAUAUACAUAUAUCACAUGCUUUUCAAUUAUAUUAUAUAUCACACAGUCCCUUCGUAGAUAAAAAUAGUGUAGCUCAGUGUAGUCUCAAGAAAAUAACAUGAAUAAUGCGUCUUUUACAGCAUUUCAUCCUCAGUGCUUGCGUCAUUGUUACGUCAUCAUGAUGUUUGUUUUAUUCACGAUUCAAUUUUGAGUGAAAUAAAAUACCUCUGCACACCAACUAUAUCAGUGAAAUGAA